UUUCUUUUUGUUAGAGCAAAAGACAAUAGCAUGAGUGGCAGAAGACAAAAGAAUGUCCUCCAAGCACAGAGGGCGAAGCCACUUUCGUUCCUUUCACUUCUACCUUCACGAUUCCGUCUACGACGCCUUCUCAACGUCGUUCUAAACGAGUUCGACGACUUAAACGAUGACACACGCGACACCCUCCACCAUUACACAACUUUUCCAUCUAUUUCCCCGCCGACAUGUCUUCAUUUUGCUCCUACCUGCCAUCUUUUCCUCAAUCGUAUCAGGUGGAGUUGCUCCCUUCAUGACCAUCGUCGUUGGUCAAGUCACCCAGUCUUUCUCGAUCUUCCCAUUACCCCCCGCGAUACCUUCCCCAGAAGACAAGAGAAAACUCCUUCAUGAUGUUGGCAUAUCAGCGAUAUCACUCAUUGGACUUGCCAUCGGUAGUGUCGUACUGAGCUCAAUAACCAGUGCGCUAUGGAUCAGCGUCGGAGAGCAUAAUGUUCUCGCGUUGAGACGGCGGCUAUUCAAGUUCCUCUCGACGCGUCCAUUGAGCUGGUACGACAUCAACAUAGGCCAGAACGGUCCAGCAGGUUUAGUGGCACAAUUUACAAAGGAUACUGACAACGUGCGGGGUGCCACUUCACUCGCCUCUGGCCUACUCAUCCAGCACAUCACCACGACAAUCACUGCAUUGGCUCUCGCGUUCAGCCGGUCACCAUAUCUUACCCUUCUCACCCUCAGCGCCAUCCCCCUUCUUACAUUGACCCAAGUCGUGUCCCAAUUUCUUUGUUCUCGGACACUUGGUUUAGAACGGAACCAUACCGCACAACUAGGCUCUCUACUUUCGACGACUCUCAACCUCCUUCCCACUGUCCAACUCUUCUCCCUGCAAUCAGGUACUCUUACGCACCUCACACGACUCCUCUCAAACAUCACCCAGAACGACAAGCGUCUCAACACAAUUUGGGGCUUCUCUUCCGGAAUCAGUCAGUUCCUUGCUAUGGCCAUGUUCGUACAAUCCUUUUGGUUCGGGAGCAAGUUGAUUAGAGAGGGGAAAUUAGACGCCGGAGGUGUCAGCGCCGUGUUCUGGGCGUGUUUGAUCGCUUCUAACAACUUGCAGAUGUGCAUGCCUCAACUGAUUGCUGUGGGCAGAGGAAGGACUGCGAUGGGAGGGUGCCUUGGACUGUUGUCUCAGGAACAAGAGGAGCUUGCAGAGGUUCAUUCAGACAGAGAAUCCGUUUCUACAGAUUGUUCCUCCAUCACCUUCGCUAAACGACCUUCCUUACCCAAUCCCCAUUCCAUGCGCAAGAUCCAUCCCACUUCCGCACCCAAGGGUGAACUUACUCUCCACAAUAUAACCUUUUCAUAUCCCUCACAACAAAUAUCUCAAUACGUCGUUCAAAACGUGGAGAUGUUCCUUCCUUCGGGUGACAUGACCUUCAUUGUGGGUGGCAGUGGAUCCGGAAAGUCAACGCUAGUGUCUUUGCUUGCUGGUCUGUAUCACGUUCCGGAGGGCCAAGGUCAAGUUCUGUUGGAUAACCAAGAUAUUCGAUAUCUGGAUGAAUCCUGGAUCAGAGAACAUAUCGGUGUUGUAUGGCAAGGCACGCCGCCCCUUCUUCCCAAUGCUUCUAUACAUACCAACAUUGCCAUUGCUCUCUGUUCGUCAUACACCAACGUUGCUUCACCCCGGACAUUGGAAAGCGUCACCAGGGCUGAAGUCAUCAACGCAUGCCGAGCAGUGUUGUUACACGAUUUCAUCAGAGAUUUGCCUGAAGGAUACGACACCAUCCUUGGCGUACCUUCUCCGUCAAUCACUCAGGAAACUGAUCGAAAUUAUACGCCUCAGGACCAGUCCUCCUCUGGUAUUCAUCUUUCUCCGGGACAGCUUCAGAGAUUGUCUUUAGCCCGAGCGUAUCUGAGAAAUCCGCCUAUCUUAAUCUUGGACGAACCUACGAGUGCUCUAGAUCCUGUCAGUCGAGAGUUGGUCAUGGCUGCUGUACGCAGAUGGCGUGGUGACAAGACCACAAUUGUUGUCGGACACGAACUUGGAGGCGGAGCCGAAGGCGACUCUAACAUUGGUGGAACGAUCCUCCCUACCGAUUUUGUCUAUGUCAUGAAAGACGGAGUGGUAGCAGAGUGUGGUUUCCGUGCUGACCUUGAGCGCAUUGAGGGCGGCGAGUUCCAGCGUGUCGUUAGGAUCCAACGAGGUGAUAGUGCCUCUGAGGCCUCCUCCCAGGAUGAUGACAUCGAGGAUGAUGACUCAGACGAUCAUUCACUUCCAACCUACAGAAAAUCCCAAUUUCUCGCGACGGAACAUCGUCUACCCAUUGGACGACUUACUCUUGCAGCAUCGGGCGGUGUUGCACAGUGGAUGUUGGACGUUGUCGGAGAUCUCACUUCCGUUCCUUCUGCGAACAACCGAUUGUCAGUGACAGUUGGUUCUGGGAGGAACACGAUGGCGUUUCCCCGUCUUGCCCAUCUUGACACGUCUGUCACGCGGACAGUCCCCACUCGCUUACGAAGAACUUCGAGUUUUGAGUUGUCCCCCAUUGCUGCUUCCCCCACUACUCCCAUCGACAGACGGAGGAGCCUUCAAUUUACCCCGAGUUCGCCAACGUUCCCCACUAUUCCCAAGAAGGUCGCCAUUGAGGAUGAUACCGACUUUGAUCAAGAAAAGGCGGCGUUGGAGUCCAGUGGACGCUGGGCCCAACAACGAAAAACUCGUCGCACUAUUCAUGACAACAAAAAGGCCGACAAGCUCGAUAUCCAGGUAUCCAUGCAAGAACAGCAGCCCGAAAACAAAGUUCAAGGCUUGGGUUUGUUUGCUUUGCUUUGGAGGAUGUAUCCCACCGUUCCUGUAAAACCGCUACUCUUCCUUGGGUUGUUAUUUUCCCUCAUUUCAGGUGCUAUGACACCCAUCUUGUCCUUCUAUCUCUCAAAACUCCUCGUCCUCGUAUCCUCUGGCACUAUUGACAAUGAGAAGCAGAAAUUGAUCAACUUUUCGGGUGGCAUUGUUCUAGGCAUCGUAGCCGCCAAUGGCCUCAUGUUCGGUCUGAAGUUCUACGUCAUGGAACGACUUUCGUGUCGAUGGAUUAAUUCUCUCCGAUUGCGUGUCAUGACAAGUCUUGUCAAUAAGCCUCGUGCUUUCUUCCAAUCUCCUGGACAAACUCACAACACGCCUAUGCAUCUGACACACACCCUCACUUCCUCCACCGACGAUGCUCGGCUCUUACUCUCGACGGUGAUCACACAGCUGCUCGUUGUCAUUGCGAUGUUUUCUGUCGGGAUAAUCUGGGCUUUAAUUCGUGGCUGGGAGCUGACAUUGGCCGGUGUAGCUGUCGCCCCGGUAUUCGCUGGAGUCAUGGCCCUUCAAGCAAAAGCCGUAGCAGAAUGUGUGAGAAGGGCCCGGGAACAAAGUGAGAACGUUGAAGGCGGUGUUUGGGUGAUUGUCACGAACCCGCACACACUUCACUCCUCAUCUCUUCUGCCCUUCUUCGCUGAGCGUUUCAACACCCUCUGCAAUAACGCACUCUCCUCUGGUGUCCGCAGAGCUUUCAUUGAGGGAUCUACGAAUGGUAUCGCAUCAGGCUUGAUUUACCUCGCCGAGGCUCUCCUUUUCUUCGUCGGUGCCGUUCUCGUCAGCAAUGGUAGAUACAGCUACUCACGGAUGAUGGACACUCUGACAUUGGUGGUGUUCACUGUUAGCAUCGGCAGUCAGUUGAUGGCAUUCACAAACCGGAUCGCCAGGGGCGUGGACGGUGGCAAGAACGUUUUGGCCACGUUGGAGGCCGUGGAAGGCGACCUCCAGGACAAUGAACCCAGAUACAAGCUAAAUACCCCUACUUCCCUCUUCUCGAAAUCUCAAGACCUUCAUAUCCGUAACCUCACGUUCGCAUAUCCUUCGCAGCCUCAGUGCACCGUUUUCCGUGAUGUUUCAUUUUCUGUGCACCCGAACGAGUUGGUCGCCAUCGUGGGACCAUCCGGAUGCGGGAAGAGCACACUUGGGCUCUUGUUAGAAAAGGAGUACGAUGUGGAUGCUGGGUGCAUCACGAUCGCCAGCAGGUCAGAGAAAGGAGAGUCGAUAGACUCCAAGCACAUCGAUGCUGAGUACUGGCGAAAGCACCUGGCUGUUGUGGAGCAAGGGAACACUCUGUUCGACUUGAGCAUCAAGGAGAAUAUCGCAAUUGGAUCGGGCGAGGAGGAUUUUGAGUCCGAGGAAACACACUGGAGACGAGCGGCUCGCGACGCCUGCGUGGAUGCUUUCAUUCCCCACCUGGAACAUAAAUACGAUACCAAAGUCGGAAAGUUGAGCGGCGGACAGAGUCAGAGAGUCAUGAUUGCUCGUGGUCUUGCUAAACUCUAUGCUCAGCGAGACGAAAAAUUGAUGAUACUGGAUGAAUGUACUUCUGCGCUGGACGCAGAGAAUCAACAGUGUGUUAUGGAAGCACUCGUUGAUGCAUGCCACUCUUCCUCUUCGACUCGCGGUAUCCUGAUUACUCACAGACUUCCUGCAAUGCGUAUGUGCGAUCGUAUUGUCUGCCUUGGUGAAGGUGGUCGUGGAGUUGUUGAGCAAGGAACUUUCCGGGAGCUGAUGGAGCGCAAGGGGUGGUUUGCGCGAUUGGCAAGUGGAGGAGAAUGGCUUGAUUAAAGUAUCUCCCCCAUCUAUAUCCUUCUUUUUAUCUCUUGUUUAUUCUUACCUUUCAUAUCGCUCCUCUCUCUCUCUCUCUCUCUCGACGCCCGUUUCCUUGAUGAUCUAUAUUAUCCACACCACUCCCGGUCUUACUGCAUUUCGACUUAACCCUAUACUGCGGCAGGUCCGAUUACGACAAUCGAACCAUUCUUAUUCCAAGGAACGGCAAUGGCGUCUUUUUUCUUAUCCUCAUUUCAAUUGUACUUUUACCAUCACGUUCUAUCCGACCAAUAUUUGUAGCUCAAUCUUAACGAUUACUUCUUUUGCAUGCUUAUAUACCGUACGAUACAGAACGUACGUAGUGUAGAUGACUUGAAUGAAAAUUGAACGAUUUAUAAUUGA